AUGGGAUCCAACCCCCCCGCAGGGGAUCCACCUCCCCCCGGGGGAUGCAGCCCCUGGCAAUGGGAUCCAGCCCCGGGCUGGGGAUCCCCCCCAACCCCGCAGCCCCCGCCCGGCCCGCAGCGUCCCCCCCGCUCUCCACCCGGGGGAUCCCCUCGCACCGGGAUCCGCCCCCUGUCCCCAUCCCGCGUCCCCCGCGCCCGUUCCCCGCGGUCCCGGUACGCACCGAGGGCGCCGAUCACAAGCAGCAGGGCCAGGGCGCGGGGGGCGCGGGGGCCAUGGCGGCAUGGAGGGACCCCGGCUGGGCCAGGGGCCGGCACCGGCAGCGGCUCCGCCCGCCCCGCUCCGAGCGAGCCGCGCCGAGCCGAGCGGAGCCGCGCCGAGCCGAGCCGGGGGGCCGGGCCGGGCGGCGGGGGCGGGACCGGGGACGCGGCGGCGGCACCGGGAACGGGCACGGGCACCGCACCCCCCCGGCACCCCGCGGGCAGCGCCGGGGGCCGCGCCCCGGCACCCCCCAGCAUCGGCAUCCUCGGGGGGGACACCGCGGGACCCAUCCUGGCAGCAGCAUCCCCGGGGGGCACCAAUCCUGGCCCCCCCAGCAUCGGCAUCCCCUGGGGCAGCGCCGGGGGGCACAUCCCUGUAGCCCCAGCAUCGGGGGGACCCAUCCUGGCACCCCCCAGCAUCGGCAUCCCAGGAGGGGACGCCGGGAGGCACAUUCUGCCUCUCUCCCACACCGGUAUCCCGGGGGAAGAACCGGGGGGCUCAUCCCAGCUCCCCCCCAUCAGCGGCAUUCCCCGUCGGGGGAUACCGGGGAACGCGCCGACACCCCCCAGCAUCUGGCAUCUCCUGUGA